CUCCACCAGGGAGAGUUGUGUAACUUGGCUAAACAUGAGUCAGCAUUUAUAACUCGCUACCCGAGUGAAAAUGAAAUGUAUCCUGAUUGCAGUCAUUUGAGUUAUCUUGUCAUCUAACCUUAGCUAGUGGCAUCAGCUGCCACAUCAUUAGAUUUCUCUUUUGCUGACUUCACACUGGAGCAUGUAAUGGCCUUAACAAAGCUGAGCUUGUAUGAACCAUGUCGCUCCAAGCUUCUCGCAUGUCAGUGUUCACCUUUCAGUCUGCAGUGCACAGUGCAAAUGUGCUCCAGAGUCUCGAUGACCAGAGGCAGCGGGACGUCCUGUGUGAUGUGACGGUGUUGGUUGAAAACAGGAGUUUUCGGGCCCACUGCUCUGUCUUGGCUUCCUGCAGUGAAUACUUUCAGAGCAGGGUUACAAAUGUCACCAGACAGAAUACCAUCAUCUGCUUGCCUGAUGAGGUGACAAUUGAAGGGUUUGAACCUUUGCUUCAAUUUGCCUACACAUGUAAGCUCCCCUUCACGAAAGAAAAUAUUCAUGCCAUUCACCGCAGUGCUGAGAUUCUAGGAUUUAAUGACUUGGAGUCAGCAUGCUUUGAUUUCCUCAUCCCAAAGUUUUCUGAAGGUAAUAGAGCCUCUCAGGAGGUCAGGAGGAGAGCCUGUUGUCUGAAUCGGGAACCCAGUGCCAGUUUUGGCCCCCGCGUAGAGAGCAGCCAACCAAAAUCAUUUGAGUCACACAGCUCACUGCCUUCAAGAGGUGAUGAACAAACAGAUUUCCCAUCACAGAGUCCUCAGAGCGCACAGGGUCAGAUGCACGGCACGGAAGAACAUUUCUGCUUGGAGAAUUGUGGGCCACAAAUGGCCCCCUUAUCUCUCGAGUUAGCGGCAAAUGCUGUGUGCCCCAUGUUGUCUUUGCCAUGCCCAGCUGCGGAAAAUGCAGAUCAUCCCACUCAGUUCUGCGAAAGAGACAUUUUAGAGAUGGGAGAUGUGUGUAAUCAAAGUGAGUUGAGUUUAGCAGACUGUGGCUUACCCUGUGAGCUGUCCGCCCCGGGGGAUGUGAAUCCGCCAGAACUCAUUGAGCCAGCAGGCGAUGUUAAGCAGAGUGUCGAGACGCUGGUUGCUGAAACCGACUGCAACCCAGGUUCAUGUCCACUCAACACAUCAAGGGUGGAAGAUUGCAGUGAGUUAUUAGGGCAGAGUGAGGCUGGUUUCAUUCAGAAAAUAGAAAGUGAUCUGUCAGACCCGUCAGAAACUGAUUUAAGCCAUGAAGAGGGAACUGGGGAGAGGAGCAGCGUUGAGAGGGAGGUGGCUGAACAUCUGGCUAAAGGGUUUUGGUCUGACAUAUGCCCAUCUCAGGCUCAACAACUGCCCUUGGAAACCAUUGACCAAAGCAAUCUGGCAAAAGCAUCAGACUUCCAUUGGCUCAAGCAGCUGGACCUGACCUCCAGUGUAGGAGACUGUCCCUUCCUCAGGGACUUUGGGACAGGUGAUGACCCGGCCCCACGCACUGACAUCCUGUCCCAGUCAGAAAAGAGCCCCUACAUGUCCUCGCUCAACUCUGGGGACGACUCAGACCUGGACACUGACGGAGAUACUGAGGCCAACAACAAAAGAGCAGCAGAGAUUCAGCUUCCAUUCCCAGUGGAGCAGAUCUCAGCGCUGAGUCGGAGUGCCUUCCAGCAGCUUCUGAGACACCAUCAGCUGACUCAAGAUCAGAUGGAGUUUGUCCAUGACGUUCGUCGACGAAGCAAAAACCGCGUGGCUGCGCAGCGCUGCCGAAAGAGGAAGCUAGAUGGCAUACACCAUCUAGAAAUUGACAUAAAAAAACUAAAAAGUCAGAAAGAGCGACUGCUGCAGGAGCGAACUGAGCUGCAGCAAAACCUGGAUGAGGCGCGGCAGAGUCUGUGCGGGUUAUGUAAGUCCGUCAGCCUCGAGUCUGGCUCUGAUCAGGACCAUUUGCAGCUUGUUGCCAAGGUCUCUUCACCAGGCGCCCCCGUCUCCUCCCCUAGCUAUUUGGGUAAAGUAGAGGAGUUCCAGAUCCCUAUCGAAAUGGUAAGUUGUUCUUCAGAGUGUGACCCAAGCAAGCCGCCUGCAGGCUCUGUGCAAACUGCUGCACCAGAUGCUGGCACUCAGACAGAGGAGGCAGGUUCUCCCCUCAGCUGCCCUGUUCCCACUGCUCUGCUCAAUGUGUGUAUGGACAUUAACAACAGCUUAUAAUCGGACUCAAUUUCUAUUGUCAUUUCUAAUCUUGCAGGAUCAUGGAGCAGGGGUUGGACUCUGACUAUAUACUGUAAGCCCCCUUUGCAAUGAUGUGUAGGUAUUUGAAAGUGACAUUCAGAGAUGUCAGUUUUCUUUUACUGUACUUCCAGUAAGCAUUUCACUGUAGUUAAAAUGGAAUCAUUCAUGGUGACUUUGAAAGUGCGGACAAGGUUCAGGUUUUUCCUGGAUGUUUCAAUUUCUUAAAAAUCUUCCUAAAGGGUUUUUUUUUCUCAGGGAAACUCAUACCCUGACACCGUUUUGAUGCCUCAAAUAUUUCUCACUGCACAACCAUCUCAUACACACAUACAGUGGGGCAAAAAAGUAUUUAGUCAGCCACCAAUUGUGCAAGUUCUCCCAUUUAAAAAGAUGAGAGAGGCCUGUAAUUUUUAUCAUAGGUAUACUUCAACUAUGAGAGACAGAAUGAGAAAAAAAAUCCAGGAAAUCACAUUGUAGGAUUUUUAAUGAAUUAAUUGGUAAAUUCCUCGGUAAAAUAAGUAUUUGGUCACCUACAAACAAGCAAGAUUUCUGGCUCUCACAGACCUGUAACUUCUUCUUUAAGAGGCUCCUCUGUCCUCCACUCGUUACCUGUAUUAAUGGCACCUUUUUGAACUCGUUAUCAGUAUAAAAGACACCUGUCCACAACCUCAAACAGUCAUACUCCAAACUCCACUAUGGCCAAGACCAAAGAGCUGUCAAAGGAGACCAGAGACAAAAUUGUAGACCUGCACCAGGCUGGGAAAACUGAAUCUGCAAUAGGUAAGCAGCUUGGUGUGAAGAAAUCAACUGUGGGAGCAAUUAUUAGAAAAUGGAAGACAUACAAGACCACUGCUAAUCUCCCUCGAUCUGGGGCUCCACGCAAGAUCUCACCCCGUGGGGUCAAAAUUAUCACAAGAACGGUGAGCAAAAAUCCCAGAACCACACGGGGGGACCUAGUGAAUGACCUGCAGAGAGCUGGGACCAAAGUAACAGAGGCUACCAUCAGUAACACACUACGCCGCCAGGGACUUAAAUCCUGCAGUUCCAGACGUGUCCCCCUGCUUAAGCCAGUACAUGUCCAGGCCCGUCUGAAGUUUGCUAGAGGGCAUUUGGAUGAUCCAGAAGAGGAUUGGGAGAAUGUCAUAUGGUCAGAUGAAACCAAAAUAUAACUUUUUGGUAAAAACUCAACUCGUCGUGUUUGGAGGAGAAAGAAUGCAGAGUUGCAUCCAAAGAACACCAUACCUACUGUGAAGCAUGGGGGUGGAAACAUCAUGCUUUGGGGCUGUUUUUCUGCAAAGGGACCAGGACGACUGAUCCGUGUAAAGGAAAGAAUGAAUGGGGCCAUGUAUCGUGAGAUUUUGAGUGAAAACCUCCUUCCAUCAGCAAGGGCACUGAAGAUGAAGCGUGGCUGGGUCUUUCAGCAUGACAAUGAUCCCAAACACACCGCCAGGGCAACGAAGGAGUGGCUCCGUAAGAAGCAUUUCAAGGUCCUGGAGUGGCCUAGCCAGUCUCCAGAUCUCAACCCCAUAGAAAAUCUUUGGAGGGAGUUGAAAGUCUGUGUUGCCCAGCGACAGCCCCAAAACAUCACUGCUUUAGAGGAGAUCUGCAUGGAGGAAUGGGCCAAAAUACCAGCAACAGUGUGAAAACCUUGUGAAGACUUACAGAAAACGUUUGACCUCUGUCAUUGCCAACAAAGGGUAUAUAACAAAGUAUUGAGAUGAACUUUUGUUAUUGACCAAAUACUUAUUUUCAACAAUCAUUUGAAAAUAAAUUCAUUAAAAAUCAGACAAUGUGAUUUUCUGGAUUUUUUUUUCUCAUUCUGUCUCUCAUAGUUGAGGUAUACCUAUGAUAAAAAAUACAGGCCUCUGUCAUCUUUUUAAAUGGGAGAACUUGCACAAUUGGUGGCUGACUAAAUACUUUUUUGCCCCACUGUACACCUACAGUUCUGCAAACAAGACGUUUAUUUCUAUUAUACUAAUAUGUCUAUCAUUAUAAUCGAAACACAUUUUGUAUUAUUCUAGCAUCAUGCUGUUUCUUCGCAAUAUGUACAGCACUAACAGAUUGUUUCCUACAGUCAACUACAACGAGUUGUUACAGCAAACAUAAAUUCAGCAUUUUUUGAAUAUGCCAGUACAUAGUUUGAAUGAUUAACUGUCAGCUUCCCCUGAAUAUUUGAGGAAUAGCUCCUGUGUGUUUGCAAAUGUUAGAGGCGAACAUAGGAACUCAUUGAUGCAAAAUGUGCCUUAUGCAGUAUUAUAGUAUGAAUACAAAAAGGCAAUCUUUGUAUAUCCUUCUCUCAAGCACUGUUGCACAUUAACCAAGAGCCCGUAUUGAUGGCAUUUUCUUAUGCUAAGUUCUGUAGUCAUGUUUUUUAUUGAAUGCUUCAAUUGAUUACAGAUUGAAUAAACAACAUUUUGUUAUCAA